AUGGAGUCACGUAAGCGCGUGGAUCCACCUUCUUGCAUCCAUGGUAGCGACGAAGGAACAGAGAUUGUAUUAAUGGAUAAAUCUUUGAAGAAAACAGAAUCAUCAACGCCUCUGCUCUCUUCCUUCUCCGGCGGUGAGACUUAUACUGUUAAUAACAUUUCUCAUGCUAUGUUCGGUGCUAAUCCUAAAUUCGGUGCGUCUUCGAGCAUUACUAGGAAGUUUUCUUUUUCUACUAAUAACAACAAUUUCAAUAACGCUGCUUCUUGUUCUGGUUCAAUUUUUAAAUUCAAGACUUUGCCGGAGACUAGUGUUUGUAAUUUCACUUUCGGUACUGGAACUGUUACGAAUAAGAGGUGCAAUUGCUGCAAGAAACGGAUUGGAUUAACGGGAUUUGCGUGCAAAUGUGGCCAUUUGUUUUGUGGAAAUCAUCGGUAUCCGGAGGAACACAAGUGCACCUUCGAUUAUAAGGCGUUUGGACGUGAGGUUUUACGGAAGCAAAAUCCAGGUUUGCAGGGUGAUAAAUUGCAUAAUAAAAUUUAA